AUAAGGAUGCGUGGGCUUAUGUAGUGGCUAAUAUAUUAUAAGUUGCACAAAGUAUAGAUAUAUGUAAUGCCGUAUGCAUAUAUAGUAUUACACAAAUGUAUAUCAGCACACUAACAUCCACUUCCUUAAGCGCUUGAGACACUGCAGACUUUCAUCUGAAUUGACUUCAGCUUACAAGAGGGUUUUAGUUGCUUUACAGCCGUCGCCUGGUCAGUUCGUUCCGUUCGCGAAAAUGCCGCGACUUAUAAAUAACAUUCAACUAAUUUUAAUCCUGCAAGUAGUGCUAAACGGUAUUGCCGCCACCGAGGAUAUCACAUUGAAAUGCGAUGAAUUCGAGCGCAUGUACGAUAUGUCCACAAGUGAAGCUUAUUGCACGGUCUCCGGCUUCGUCGUGUCACACAGUCAAAUCGUUAAAAUACAAAAAUAUCCCAAAGCGAAUAAUACGAAAUUUAUGAAAUUCUACGACUCCCGUCUAUUAUACAUACCCUUUAAACUGUUCGAUGUCUUUGCCUAUCUGAAGACGCUUGACGUGUCUUUUACGGAGAUUUUGGAUGUGCCACGCAACACUUUCGGCGCAGCGAGUAAUUUGAGCAUACUCAACAUGAGCAACAACAACAUAACACAAAUAACCACAUCCGUUUUUAUGGGCGCUAGCAAUUUGAUGCGGCUCGAUCUGAGUCACAAUCGUAUUGAGUUGCUGAAUGAGAACGCCUUUAAAGGCUUAGGUAGCUUGGAUAAGUUGCAACUCUCAUAUAACUCCAUACGCAAGUUGCCGAAAGAUCUGCUGUUGGAGAAUCAGUAUUUGUCGACAAUAGCGAUUAAUAACAAUCGCUUGGAGUACAUUGAACCCGAAGUAUUCAAUCGUUUGCGACGCAUUGUUGACGUCAAUUUGUCCUACAACAAUAUCUAUCGCUUACAUCCGGAUAGCUUUCAGUCGGCAUAUGGUUUGGAGAAUCUGUUGCUGACUGCCAAUAAUUUGACGGAAUUUGAGAUGGGUAAUAAGAGCAUACUAACACAGCUACAGGUGGAUUAUAAUAAUUUAACGCGUAUUUACGUUAACGGUACAAAGCAUGUGCGUGCCGAUCACAAUCGCAUCACCGAUGUGCAAAUGAUCAAUACACUCUUCUUAGAAACAUUAAUACUCGGUUCGAAUAACCUGAGCGAUAUUAAAAAUAUCACGAAUAUCACCGGUCUGCUGCAGCUGGACUUGGCCAACAACCCCAUUGGACCGGUCAACAUUACAACGUUCGAUCGCUUGAAGCGGUUGCGUGUGCUUUCAUUGCGUGCGAUCGGAUUGCGCCAGCUCACGUUUGGCAUGCUCUCCAAGCAGGUGAAUUUAGAGACACUCGACUUGUCUUAUAAUAAUCUAACCGAAGUCAACUUGGAUAUUUUUGUGCCAUAUCUAUCCAACCUGCGUUAUCUUUAUAUCGAUGGAAAUAAUUUGACCGAAGUACAUGGUAAAGGGGGCUUCUCGUAUGUCUUUCCAAAUCUCUCCAAACUUGGCAUAUCGCGCAACCAGUUUAACUGUACCUAUUUGCAUACACUACUGGUGCCUCCGCAACUCUCCACUUCGGUGAUGCUGCACAUUGAGCCGGAGGAAAAUGCGGCCGAACGCUCACAUAUACGCGAUGUGUCUUGCGUCAGCAGUUCUAAAGUGGUGGAUAAAGCCGCGCUACAAGAGGUGGAGCAUGAACUGAACGAUAUGAACACGUUACAAAAAGUGCUUCAACAAUCGAUGAAUACAUUGCGUCUGCACGAGAAACGCCUAGAGUUGUAUUUGCUGCUGAUGAAGAUCGCUUUGCUGGCGAUGAUCGUGCUUUUGGUCGGCGUUGUGGUGGUUUACGCGUGGAAAAUCAAAAGACGGGACUAUUUCUCAAGACGGGGAGCGAGUAUUGUUUUCCAUUCCAGUGCAACGGUCAAUUCAAAUAUAGAGCAUUGUGCCGAAUGAGUGAUAUGGCAAAUGGUGCCGAAAGAAUACCAAAGAGAACUUAAAGUGAUUAUGAAAAAAUACUCUCCAUAAAUAAUGAGAAUAAAACUAGGAAUUUAAGAUAAGAAAACUUUAUUAAAAUAAAGUGUGUUACAAAGUUGUGCCGCAGUUCAAAUAAAAAAUAAAUGAUAAGGAACAAAAUAUAAAAGAAAUAUUAAAACACCCGUUAGCAUUUCUUUCGCUGUAUUUAUUAAAAGUGGUUUUGUGCUAGCAUUUCAUUCUUAACUGUAUAAUAAUUUUUCAGUUAUCGUUAUGCAAUGUAUGAAGAACUCUUUCGAAAUUUUUUUAUGUAUACCCGAUGCGAUUAUCAGAGACGAGUUUAAAAUGCUGGCGAAUAAAAUAAACGAUCUCUAAGAUAUUCAGUAUCAUGAUAGGAAUCUCUUUUCUAAAGUGUCCGUCUUUCUCGAGUGCACAAGAAAAAUAUGUAUCAUAAAAUUGAGCAAACCGAACAAAACUUCGGCGUUAACGAUUCAAAAAUCAAAACAUAUCUUGCUUUUAUAUGCUUAAUAGAUCUCUUUGGAAUUUUCGUCAUGGCGGUUUGCUUGAGCAGGGAGUGAUGUGCUAUGUAAAUCAUUAAAUUCUGAUGGUAUAGAAAAUUACUCUCCCUUUAUCUUGGACAUAUAUUACUCACUUUUUUUAACAUUUAUGCAAUAUGACAAGCAGUUUCCAAGGUUUGUAAACAUUAUAUUUACCUUUGUAAACAAGACUUUCUCGACAGAUUUCGAUAUUUAUGGGAAUUUGAUAGUCAGGAAACCUAGAAUUCUAUGUUAUUUUCUCGUCCAUGUGCCUGGGAGACAAAUCCUAUUAUGAACGCCGGAGUCAUUUUAAAAAUGAGUACGAAGACACGAAUAACGCAACCAUUAUGACAUUGUGAUUACUCGUGAUUUCUAUGAAAUAUAUUUAGAAUCAUUUCAACUAUGCAGUGAAUAAUAGAAAAUUUAUUGUCGAGGUUGGGAGUUAAUUGAAUUGAGGUCAACUUGAUAAAACUUAGUAAAUAUGCUCUUUAGCAAUCCAAGAAUGUAAUACGUAUUAGGUCGGUAUACCAUAUUAUGCAUAUUAAAAUUGAUAUCAACAAAGAUAAGCAUACUCUUACGUAAACUAUCUGAAAAAUGUAUCGUACUAUAGAUUAAAUCUUAUAAAUCAUAUACCAAAAUUUUUAGUUGAUAUCUCAAAUAAUUUUUGAGUUACAGCCAUUAAAACUGUAGGCGCUCAGUUCAGCUGAUUGAAUAUUUAAACGCGUUUUUCAAAUUUGCUUGAUUUAUUACCCGGACAAAAUCCGACCGCUAUCAAAUUUUUCUCGCAAUGCGUAUAUAGUUCUCCCUACCUUGACUUAGCAGUUUUCUGACUAAAAUUUUGGGUGAAACUCAACUUUUUUUAAACGCCGGCAUUCUGUGAAUUUUUGAUUUGUUUUCUAUUGUAAGUAAGUGUACAGACAUUACCUUUCAGCAAAGGACAUUUUUAAGUUCAUCCACGUAGAAGGCCGGAAUUGCUGCAUCAGGAUCUUUUUUAAGCGCUGUCGAAGAUCGAUUUAGUACAUUUUGUUUACGUUCCCAAAUUUCGCCUUUUUUGGACCACGUGUGCUCCUUAAGAUAGUAUACACAAAUUCUUGUCCGAUCAGUUAACACGGUUCCGCUCGGACUAUAAAUUAGUAAUACUUGUAAAUAUAUAAAUACGGAUAUGCAAAGACUUUUUAUUGCUUGAAAUUCGAUGUAGCACAUAUAUUGAGAAGUUCAAGUUGUGAAAUGACUGGAAUCGAACCCAUAUUUUUCGCAGUUAAGUUUCAGAAUUUUGAGCGGCGCGAGUUUUGGUGUUUUGAAAAAUAAAGUGCGUGAAAUUUGACGUUGUGUGUUAAUGGAACAACAUUUUUGAAAAACAAAACAAACAAAAUUAUUUUUAAACGUCUUUUCAACCUACGUGACACAUAUUUUACAUACAUCAUGUUGGUGCUAUGUAUCUAGGAUAGUAAGCCACAGUUUCUCCAACGUGUUUAGUAUAUCUUAUUGUAUACCUUUCCUUAAUGGUUGAACAACAGAUGUUCUCUGUCUCUUUAUUAAUACUCAAUGCAAUUUUAAUUUGAACAUUUUGUUUACUUUUGAAUACAUUCGAUUGAUCAACGAUGUUCACCGAUGUGGAUGUGUCAACAAUUUGCAACCAUUUCUGCGAUAUUACUUCGAACUUAUUCUUGCUUUUGCUAUACUUUCAGUACGUGUUUGCAAUAAUAUCCGCUAACAGCUGGAAAUAUUCGACUUUGAAACGGCAACAGUAAGCAAUGGACGGUAGCAACCACAUACAUCACGCCCUCCGCCUGCUCAGACCCCUUCGGUUUGUUAUAAAUCAGUCAGUAAUGCUAUCAAUCUGCUCGGUACUCAUAGUUGACCGACAAUUUGUAUUUGCAAACACGUACGCCGGUUAAACACACCGCUGAGCCUUGACUGGCGCUCAAUCCAUACUUCGUCCCACCUCGGCCGCAGGGCAUAAUGGGUACUCUUAUUUCGGCUGUAACAUAUGUGUGCAUGAUAAUUUUUGGCAAACAAACUGGCUUUUUGGUUCAGUGCUCUGUUCUGUAGAACAACAGAGGUUGAGACAUGUGGUGGAAGGCAACUGAAACGAUUCGCGAAAUGAGCGACAAGUAGAAAUGCAAAAUAAACCAAUGUCGUUGGCUGCAACGCCUUUAUUAACACAAUUGAAAUUAAAAGUGUACUAAAUACUAUUACGACUGUAUGCUUAAUGUUACCAGAUCUACAUACACAUAUAGGUAUAUUAAAAAAUUUUAUAAAACAAAGCAUAAAAUUUAAAUAUUUUGGCGGACAGAUGGAUAAUGCUCAAUGCAUUUACUGACAGGCGUUGACAUUACUGCUAAAAUAUGCUUGGUCUGGUAUAUAAGCUAGCUACAUUUUUUUGUAGGAAUCGUAGUACAACUUCAGCACUUCGCUAGUUAGCAACUUCGCAGCAAAACAAACAACAAUCAAAAUGUUCAAAUCGUGUGUUCUUUUCGCCGUCCUCGCUUUGGUCGCCUGCGCUUCAGCUAAGCCCGCCGUCGUCACUUAUAGCGCUCCAGGUGUGGUGACCGCUCAGAGCUCGCAGUACAUCGCACGCAAUUACAAUGGUGUUGCUGCUGCCCCUGUCGUCGCCGCUGCUUACACCGCACCCGCAGUAGCUGCCGCUCCCGUGGCCGCCGCAUACAGUGCCCCAGUAGCCGCUGCUUACACCGCCCCCGUUGCCGCUGCUUACAGCGCCCCAUUUGCUGCCGCUUACAGUGCCCCCGUUGCUGCUGCUUACAGCGCUCCAGUCGCUUCGUACGCAUCUUACUACCCCUACAUCGGCGCUUACACUGUAGCAUACUAAAUGGUGGAUAGAAUGCGAAAAGUAAAUCCGUAAUGCGACUCAGGGCUAAAACGUAAUGGGCAUAAGAGGAAUAAGGCAGCUAAAUUGGACUCUUGGAAUAAGUACGGCUUGCAAAUGUUUGCACAGUUUGUGAUCAUUUUUCAGAUUUGACUAAUCUAAAUGGAAUAAUAUAUAUCUUCCAAAAUUUUCAAUCAAA